AUGUCGGCUCCACCACCUGUCGCCGGUGUCGAGGAUUCGGCUGACCGAAAUGUCGAAAUGUGGAAGAUUAAGAGGCUUAUAAAAAGCUUGGAACUUGCUAGAGGGAAUGGAACCUCAAUGAUCUCAUUAAUCAUCCCACCGCGAGAUCAGAUUGCUCGAGUUCAAAAGAUGCUUGCUGAUGAAUAUGGUACGGCAUCUAACAUCAAAUCUCGAGUGAACAGGCUUUCUGUGCUCGGAGCAAUUACUUCGGUACAAGGUCGUCUGAAAUUGUACAGCAAGGUGCCUCCGAAUGGACUCGUCGUAUAUUGUGGUACCAUCGUUACCGAUGAAGGCAAGGAGAAAAAAGUUAAUAUUGAUUUCGAGCCCUUCAAGCCCAUCAACACCUCACUUUAUCUAUGUGACAAUAAGUUUCACACGGAAGCUCUUCAAGGUCUUCUUGCUGAUGACAAUAAGUUUGGCUUCAUCAUUAUGGAUGGAAAUGGAACAUUAUUCGGAACACUGCAAGGAAAUACUCGAGAAGUGCUCCACAAAUUUACAGUGGAUUUGCCGAAGAAACACGGACGAGGAGGACAGUCUGCUCUACGAUUUGCUCGGCUUCGAAUGGAAAAACGGCACAACUAUGUGCGAAAAGUGGCAGAAUGUGCUGUGGAAAUGUUUAUCAAGAACGAUAAGGUUACGGUGGCUGGUUUGAUUUUGGCAGGAAGCGCCGAUUUCAAGACUGAGCUCGGUCAAUCCGAUAUGUUUGAUCAGCGACUACAAGCAAAAAUGGUUAAGACUGUGGAUAUUUCGUACGGAGGUGAAAAUGGAUUCAAUCAGGCUAUUGAACUCGCUGCGGAUGCCCUUGCUAAUGUUAAAUUUAUACAAGAGAAGAAAUUGAUUGGAGGAUAUUUCGAUGAGAUUAGUCAGGAUACUGGCAAGUACGUUUUCGGAGUAAAGGAUACCCUGCAAGCACUUGAGAUGGGCGCCGUGGAAACACUUAUUUGUUGGGAAAAUCUUGACAUAAUUCGAUACAGGUUGAAAAACGCAUCUGGAGAGGAGAAGAUACUCAAUCUAAGGCCGGAUGAAGAACGGGAUAAGUCGCAUUUCACGGAUAAAGAAACUGGGCAGGAUAUGGAAAUUGUGGAGACGAUGCCACUACUUGAAUGGUUUGCUAACAACUACAAGAACUUCGGUGCUACUCUUGAAAUUGUUACUGACAAGUCACAAGAAGGAGCUCAGUUUGUACGAGGAUUCGGAGGAAUCGGAGGUCUUCUCCGUUAUCGGGUGGACUUAAUGAACGAUAUGGCUGACGAGUUUGAUGAGAUUAACUUUGAUGACUAUUGA